GGUAAAGCUCAGUGCACUUCCUUUCUAUUGCCUCAGUAUCACUGAAUUGAAGAAUUGCUGCUUCUUGUUAGGAGGUUCAUUUCAUUUCCCAUUACUCUCAACUUCAUACUCAAAAGCACUGAGAAUUUCAAGUGGAGUGUACUGAAGUAGACUCAGUUUCUUUGCAUCAUUUCUGUAUUCAAGUUUAUAAAUUCUUUCAUAAACCUACUGGGUAUUUUUUUAACUAAAUUAACAUGGCUCGAAUGAACCGCCCAGCUCCUGUGGAAGUCACUUAUAAGAACAUGAGAUUUCUUAAUCCAACCAAUGCGACCUUAAACAAAUUUAUAGAGGAACUUAAGAAGCAUGGAUUUACCACAAUAGCAAGAAUAUGUGAAGCAACUUAUGACACUACUCUUGUGGAGAAAGAAAGCAUCCAUGUUCUCAAUUGGCCUUUUGAUGAUGGCGCACCACCAUCUAACCAGACUGUUGAUGAUUGGUUAAGUCUCCUGAAAAUUAACUUCCAUGAAGACCCUGGUUGUUGUAUUGCCGUUCAUUGUGUUGGCGGCCUUGGGAGAGGUCCAGUGCUUGUCGCCCUAGCAUUAAUUGAAGGUGGAAUGAAACAUGAAGAUGCAGUACAGUUGCUAAGACAAAAGAGCGUGGAGCUUUCAACAGCAAGCAACUUUUGUAUUUGGAGGAGUAUCGUCCUAAAAUGCGGCUGUGCUUCAAAAACUCCAAUGGUCAUAGGAACAACUGUUGCUUUCAAUAAAACUGGGGUGCCUGACGCCAUUGCUUGGAAGUGGAACCUAGACAGGACGGAAUUUGUUGUACAUGUUAGCCAGCACGUUGGCUUUGUGAAGUCUGAUGAAGCUUCCAUAGGAGUGUCGAAAAGCAGUUUUACCAGGCCACAAGCCUGGCAGAAUUGCAACUUCUAUGUCUGGGUUAUGAUCAACCUCCUUGGACACUUAGCAAAGGAUUCUUGCUGUUCAGCAUUUAAAAUGUGCUUAUUAUCGUUUGUACCAAUUGACCUUUCCUGAAAUCAUGCAGUAUUGAGUCAUGUCUUUAAAUCUGUUUCCAUGCCAGAAUCUUACCAAUAUAUAAGAAAUUUAGAAAGACUAGGUGCCAAAAUACCCAGCACAA